AGCGUUGCAAUUUGGUCAGCACAUGAUUUGUACUUCCUGAAGCCUGCCUGUUCCGGUCGCAGUUUUGAAUCCAGUGCGUCUUUAAGCCUCUCCAGGAUGAUGCGGCUUAAUAUUUUACUUGGGGUGGACAGGAGAGUGAUUCCUCGCCAGUUCUUGCAAACACUGAGGUCUCCCUUCUUCGGCAGUUUGACAAGGUAACCCUUCCUCCAAUCGUCAGGUACCUUCUCUUCCCUCCACACCUUCUGCAAUAGUGGUGUGAGCAUGUCCGCUGUUGUCUCUGCAUCUGUUCUCAGUGCUUCUGGCGGGAUUCCAUCUGGUCUUGCUGCUUUCCCACAUUUCAGUAGCUUUAUGGCGUUCAGGACUUCUAUUUUCGUUGGGGGAUUUAUGUUCACUUGUAAUUCAGCGGCUGCAGGUGGUAUUUCUGGACGAAGUGCAGGUGGUGGUGGUGGUCGAAUCAAGAGCUUCUUGAAGUGGUCGGCCCAUCGUUUCCUCUGUUUCUCUUCUUUUGUAAUUAAAUUUCCGUCAUCAUCUUUUAUUGGUUUCAUCUGUGUUGGUCUCUUCCCUGAUAGCAACCUGGUUAUUUGAUACAAUGUCGUCAGGUCUCUCUUACCUGCAGCCUGUUCUGCUUCACUUGCCAGUGUGUCGUAGAAGUGUCUUUUGUCUUUGCGUGCACUCUUCUUCACUUCUUUGUCCAGUGUAGUGUUUUAUACAUUGAACUCAGUUCCUGUUGUCGUUGAGCAUCCUUGCACUGGUUUAUC